GCCGCUUCUUCUAGAUCCCUCGCCCGGCCGCUCCUCGCCAUCCACCGCCGCACACGGAUCACGGCGCCCGCGCCAGCCGUCGAUCCUGUACGUACGGCGCGCCGCCGCCAGCCCGCCUCCGCGCGUAUUAACUCUCUCGCUCGGCUCACUGACUCCCCCCACUCCGAGGAGACUUGGCUUCUACUGCAUCGACCGAUCAUAACCUCACCGGUCGGUCGCCACCAGCAGCCACCACAGCGCACGCAGCGCUCGACAGCGUCAUCAUCGCUCGCAGUGCCCCAGCCGCGCGCGCCGCUGCCCGCUGGUGUGGUGUCAUAGGCCAUUAAGCCACUGCGUGAGAGUGCGAGACACUCGGCCAUCGGCAGGGGGCGAGAGAGCGUUGCGUGCGAAGCCGGUGGGGAGCGCGGGGAGAGGAGAGUGAGAGAAGGGGAGAGCGCGCGGCGGCUAGCACGGGAUGGGCGCAGAGAUCAGGAUCCUGGCGGCGUUCUUGGCGGCGCUCGCGGCGGCCGCCGGCGUGGCGGCGCAGCUGCGGCAGGACUACUACGCCGCGGUGUGCCCCGACCUGGAGAGCAUCGUGCGCGACGCCGUGUCCCAGAAGGUCCAGGACCAGCCCGUCGCCGUCGGCGCCACCAUUCGCCUCUUCUUCCACGACUGCUUCGUCGAGGGAUGCGACGCGUCCGUGAUCAUGGUGUCGACGGGGAACAACACGGCGGAGAAGGACCACCCCAGCAACCUCUCCCUCGCCGGCGACGGCUUCGACACGGUCAUCAAGGCCAAGGCCGCCGUCGACGCCGUGCCGGCGUGCACGAACCAGGUCUCCUGCGCCGACAUCCUCGCCCUGGCCACCCGGGACGUCAUCGCCCUGGCUGGCGGGCCGUCGUACGCGGUGGAGCUCGGGAGGCUGGACGGGCUGGUGUCGCUGUCGACCAACGUCGACGGGAAGCUGCCGCCGCCGUCGUUCGACCUGGACCAGCUGACGACGCUGUUCGCCGCCAAAAACCUGUCGCAGGCCGACAUGAUCGCUCUAUCUGGGGCGCACACGCUGGGGUUCGCGCACUGCAACACGUUCGCGGGCCGGAUCCAGCCGGAGUCGGUGGACCCGACGAUGAACGCCACGUACGCGGCGGACCUGCAGGCGGCGUGCCCGGCGGGGGUGGACCCCAACAUCGCGCUGCAGCUGGACCCCGUCACGCCGCAAGCCUUCGACAACCAGUACUUCGUCAACCUGGUGAACGGCCGGGGGCUCUUCACCUCCGACCAGGUGCUCUACUCCGACGCCCGCUCGCAGCCCACCGUGGUGGCGUGGGCGCAGAACGCCACCGACUUCGAGCAGGCCUUCGUCGACGCCAUGACCAAGCUCGGCCGCGUCGACGUCAAGACCGACCCGUCGCUGGGGAACAUCCGCCGAGACUGCGCCUUCCUCAACUGAUCUGCAGGUUAUCUCAAAGAAGAAAAACUGAUCUGCAGGUGAUCCGUCUCUGAAACUCUCAACCGUUAGCUGUAAUGCAACGGAUGGUGGAGUGAAGAUGAACAUACAAGGGUUGGUUAUCUCUCAAGUGUCCAUAUAGAAUCUAGAGUAAAAUUUCAUCACAAGGUUAAACUUAAAUGGUUAAAUGCUAAGAAGGUUGUUUGAUUCACCGAUAGGUAGUGGCACUUGGUAGGGCAAAUGCAUUCGCUUUCUUCUUCUUUUUGUUCAGUUUCAGAGUAAGAUUUGUUGAACGGUAUCUUCUUGCGUGUGGAUGUUAGGGUUGGCUCAUGAAUGAGUGAGCCUUUCUGUAGUUAUAUUGCCCCUCCUUUUUUUUUCUCCUGAGACAUCCUUGUUGCGUUCAACCAUUCAAGCAAUAGCACUCCUUGGUGCGAAGCAGAACGACGGUGAAAGAAUGCGUGUAUGCUUGAUUCAGACAGUCAAUAACUAAAGCAGAACAGCUAUUCUUGUGA